AUGAACAUUCUCAAAAGCUUGAGACACUGCACUAGUUUGCAAAGGACCCGAAUUGAAAGAAAUAAAUUUGUUGGAAAUCAAUCAGAAGAUUUUGGGAUAUAUCCAAAUUCUGAUUACAUUGACUUAAGCUACAAUGAGUUUUAUGGCGAAUUGCCUUCAAACUGGAGUAACUUCAAAAAGUUAACAAGCUUAAAGAUUUCCGGCAGCAACAUUACUGGCAAAAUAACAACUGAGCUUGGAGAGGUAUUUCAACUUCAGAGACUUGAUCUUUCUUCAAAUCAAUUAUUUGGGGGGAUUCCGAGAAGUUUGGGCAAUUUGACUUUAAUGCUAGAGCUUAAGUUGAAUGAGAACAAGCUUUCAGGCAACAUUCCCUUAGAAAUUGGCAAGUUUUCUCGACUUGCCAAACUUAGCUUGUCAACCAACGAUCUUACCGGCAAAAUUCCGGAGCAGUUGAGAGAUUGUAUGCAACUAGGGGACUUGAAUUUAAGUCAAAAAAAGCUUAGAGGAAGUAUUCCUUCUCAACUAGGCUUUAUACCUACCUUAGAAACUGUUGAUCUGAGCAAUAACAUGCUGAUUGGUAAAAUACCAGAACAGUUUGGAUGGUUGCCAAGCAUAGAGAAGAUGAAUCUUUCACACAAUGAGAUAUCAAGAACCAUCCCCUCAAGCUUUGAUCAGUGUUUUAGUUUGAUCUCUACCUAUAUGUCCUACAACCAAUUAGAGGGUCCUCUUCCCAACAUUCCAGAGUUUCAAAAGGCUUCUUUUGGAGCCUUAAGAAACAAUAAAACUUUAUGUGGUAAAACUUUUGGAUUAAAUCCAUGCCUUUCACCAAGGAAAAAGGAGGAUUCUAGGAGGAGGAGAAGCAAAAGGAAACUUCUUUUGGUUAUUCUUGCUAUAGUGGCAGCUAUGAUUUUUCUGAUCAUGACUGUUGUUGGCAUUUUCUUCCGUCUGAAUUCUUGUAAAAGAAUCAUGGAAAAUAAGCCUUCAGGACCUUCAGGAUCUGUACAAAAUUUGUUAUCCAUUUCGAGCUUUGAUGGGAAGAUGGCAUAUCAAAACAUUAUUGAAGCAACAGAUUACCUUAGUCCAAACCAUUGCAUUGGACACGGGGGGCAUGAAAGUGUUUACAAAGCAGAAUUGCCAGAUGGGAAGACUGUUGCAGUGAAGAAGAUUCAUGCAAUUAGAAAGUGUCAUUCAAGACACUCAUUCUUGGCGUAUGAGUUCCUAGAAGGGGGAAUCCUUUAUAACAUGUUGGAAACUGAUGAAAAAGCAUUGAAACUUCCAUGGUCCAAAAGGGUUAAUAUUGUGAAAGAUGUUGCAAAUGGAUUAUGCUAUAUGCACCAUGAUUUUUCACCUCCAUUGGUUCACAGGGACAUAUCAAGCAAGAAUGUUUCGUUAGAUUCUCAAGAAAAUGCUCAUAUUUCGGACUUUGGCACAGCAAGAUUCCUGAGCCUAGACUCCUCCAAUCUGACUGCAUUCGUUGGUACACAUGGAUAUGCACCUCCAAGUACUCUUUUUAACUCUCUUUGUCUUGACGAUUAG